AAUGAUUUUCUAUUUUUGACUUUAGUUGUCCUUUAACUGUUAGUCAGCUGGGAUUUUUAUUGGAGGAUUAUUGCUUGUGUGUGUAAACAGGGCAGGAAGGGUUGUGUUGUGUCCAUGGCAUAUAGAAUAACACACAGACAAGGAGCUGCUGGAGUAAUUCUGUAAUGCUCAACAGGAAGCUACUUGUAACUCCAGAACACGGUAAGGGUAGAAAAAUAGCAGAGGAAACAUAACAGCAGACAUGAAGCCUUAUACAUAAGACUCUAGUCCUAGAACAGCAUCAGCUGAUUCAACAGGAAACGCAAUAACUUUAUCUCGUAUUCAACAGGUUGGUGCAGAGCGGAAAGUGAAACUAAACUGAGAACAAAAAUAAUAUAGAGACGGGGGGGGGGGGGGGAGAAGAACACAGGUUGGUGCAGAGCGGAAAGUGAAACUAAACUGAGAACAAAAAUAAUAUAGAGACGGGGGGGGGGAGAAGAACAAGAAAGAAGUAGAAGAAGGAGCAGCUCUAGUGAAGGAGAAGCAGAGAAUAUCCCUUUCCUACCGAGGGACCCGCUAGAAAAGAAGACAUUCCAGACUUCAUUUCUUUAAGAAAGAGACAAUGCAAGAAGACCAAUAUUAGCUGAAGAGCAUCUACAGGAAAAAGUUUUCCUAUGGUCAGGGAACUCAAGGCUGCGGCUUUUCAGUAGUCAGGAGAGUGUAUAUGAACAGUAAAAAUAUUGAGCUGCGGGUACUUAGCGGAAUGGAGUCAGACCAAGGGGCGCCCCAGCUUUCAGCUGUUGGAAAUCAAGAAACAAGUGACGCUCCAGAAUCCACAUCUUUAGAGCCUGGUAUUGAAGAUGGGGGUUGUUGUGACUAUGUACAAAAUGAAGCCCAGGCUAGGGGUCCUAUUACAGUUGUUACAGAAAACCUCAUUUCCCUUGGGCAUUGGAUUGAAUGGAUAUUCGCAGCUCUGCGUUAUUAUACUCCAUCUUGGGCACCGUCUCUCUCAGCUCUGCGUCUAUUCACCUCGGGGCACAGAGUCCGGUUACUGGGAAGGAAAAUGGAUGAAAUCACUCGAUUGACAGAUUCAAUUAAAAACCUCAACCUGACUGACUGCACCACAAAGAACCAGGGCUACGACCGGGUCCUCCUCCAGCUCUUUGGGUUUUUGGGACACGGCAAAUCCUCCUUCAUCAACACCUGCAAGUACGUCUUGGAAGAUGGCGAGUACCAGAACUAUACAGACUCCAAAAAUUCAGAAGGCGGCGACACUAAAACCAGAGUAACGUUUCCGCUGACCGACACCCUGACGCUGGUGGACAACCGCGGCUGCUCAGCGAUGAACGAUUAUGAGACGGCAGAAAUAUUUGCUCAGCUUGCCAACUUGUUGCCCCUGGAUAAGGGAGUAAAUUGGAGCAAAGGAUUUGGGCUCACAGAAAGAAUUAUAGAGGCUGAGGCAGAUGUAAAAUCAUCUGACUUUAUCUACCCCAUCUUUGUGUUCAGUGUAAAGCAAGGACUGCCCAACGAGGAGAUGCCAAUGAUAAAAGAGCUGCUUGAAACGGCCAGAGACCUGACAGAAAUCUUUCCUAUUGUGGUUCUAACCCAUAAGACCAGUGGGAAUCUGAGAGAAAUGAAGGAUAAGUUUAAAAACAUGGGGGCGGAGCAAAUCUUUGCCCUUGAAAAUUUCACCCCAGAAGAUUGCAUCAAAACCAAAGGGAGGCACGAGGAGGUGCUGAAGUUCUUCUGCGAAAUUAUCAAAGAUAUAGAGUUUUGCUUGGAGAGAAUGGGGGAUCCAGAGAAAAACAGACAAGGAAGGAAGAAAAAGGUGCUCAAGUUCAUUCAUGAGAGGGAAGUAAAGAAUAAAGAUCAGGAGUUGCAAAGGCAGCAAAUGCAGCUCAAGCUCAUGAGAGGGAAAUGAAGAAGAAAGAGGAGGAGCUGGAAAGGCAGCGAAUGCAAGAAAUGCAGUGAAUGCGAGAAAAGACGCUGCAGAAAGAUAAGGAAGGAUGUACUGUAUCAUAAACCUGAUGGAGUGUUGCUUUCCAGGCCCCCCUGAAUGAGCUACAAAGGCAGAAAAUUUGUGCCUGAAAACUUUGUGUAACGCUUAAUAAAGUUGUUUCAGUAGAAGAAAUAAUUUGCUGAUAUUCUUACAGGUUACUGUAGUAUUUAGGGUGGUGUAACCUACUGCAUUUUCAUUAGGUCUCUCCUGCAGCAUCGAUUCUUGGCUUGAAUAAAAAAUGGAAACUCCCA